GUCGAAGUGCCUGAGCGCCCGAAGUCCUUCCGCUUCUUCAAGCUCGGCGAGAAGACCACGCAGCAGCUCAACUACAUGAUGGAGGCUUACGACCGUCAGUUUGAUGAGGCGCGUGACGAAGGCGUGGGAGCGCAGCCGGAAGCUGAGGUAGAGCAGCCGGAGCGGGAGGAGGAGGAGGAAGUGCCGGAAGGUGUCCGACGCUUCUACCGCCACAGCAAGGUGCGAGUGAGCUUUACCUACGCCCAGAACUACCAGUACGUGCUGAAGAAGACCACGGAAGUGGGCGGUCGCAGGGUGUUCAUCUUGAAGUCCGUCUCCGGACAGAUGACACACCUGUGGGUGAAAGUCCUGAGCAGCCGAGUCGUCCAGCUUUGCCUUCGGCCCACCCUGCAAGGGGUCCACGUGCAGGCUUUGAGCCUGGCCGGGCGACAGCUGGCGGAAGCCAGGCUUCCACCAAACUCGACGCUGAAGAGCGCCACUGCUGCCUUGCUGGAAAGCAUGGACUUGUCGAGUGCGGAAGCCUCCCUCGUAAAGUUUGUGCUUGGCUCACAGGCUGCGGCGAUGGACCGGCCUUUGCGCAGCUUGAGCGCUGUCAUCAACGACUUGCGGCUGCCGGAAGGCGAGGCAACCGAGAGGGUUGCUCGCCACGCAUCCAGACGGGAUGCUCCGCCGGCUGCCGUUCGCGACCUCACUGGGGAGCAGGUGGACCCCAGAAGAAGGAGGAAAGUGGAAAAGGCCACCGUGGACUCUCUCUACGACUACGUGGAGAUCCCGCUAGCCAAGACGUCGGGCGGAAGCCUCCGCCUCCGGUUUUCUGUUUAUGGUGACGAGGUGACGCCCGGCAACCCGUUGGCGCCGAACAACCAGCAAAGAGCGUACUGCUUUUACUGCAGCGCACUGGAGUUCGAGGAGUUCCUCCUGUCCGAACAGUGUUGGCUCGUGCUCACCGUUGUGCCAACUUUCACCAUGAAGACCGUCAAGGCAGGACUGUCUGGCUUUGUGCGAUGUUUGUACGGCCACCUGCGAUAUCUGCAGCUGGGUGCCAAUAUCCAGCUUGGCGGAAGUCAGCUCUUCGUGCAUGGUUCUGUGUCGCACUGCUUGUAUGAUGCAGCGGCUUUGCAUGGACUGCUGGGAAGCACUGGGCACUCAGGAAAGAAGCCUUGCUUCCGCUGCGGCAACAUCUACAGUCGCUUCGUGAAUGUGCCGCGAGACGCUCAACGCCAAGGCCUGCGAACUUUGGAUGCCGCGGAAGAUCAGCUUCGCUGUAUGACCAAUGAGCACAUCUUCGAGGUGGUGGACCAUGUCGUGGCGGCCUCCCGAGACCAGCCGAAAUACAAGGCCAAGAAACUUGUCACAGACCUUGGCUGGAAUGCUGUGGAAGGAAGUUUGCUCACGGACGAUGCUAUUCGCCGCGAAGUGCCACCUCUCACACACUACUUCGAUCCCAUGCAUGUGUUCUUCGUGCAGGGACAGUUUUCCAGGCAUGUCGGUUUGCUUUUGCAGGCGUUGAAGAAGAUGGGCUGGACCCCUGACCGCAUAGCUGAAGCCUGCACAGAUGAUUCCAUCAAACACCGAAACACACGCAAGGUCGCCAAGGCGCAAUUUGCUCGCGAGCUGGGAGACGCAUAUUUCACUGAAGAUGGAAUCUGGAAAGUUUCCGCAUCCAGCCAGCUUGGAGCUGCUCCGUUGCUCCACUUCCUCAUCCGUUUCAUC